UCAAAACCAUCAACCUCAUAGUUUUGAGUCAUCUAGACAGUUACUAUACACAAUAUUAGAAAGCAAGCAUGGGAAAUAUGAAGCUAGUGAAGGGCUCAAAAAUCAUUCUAGUUCCAUAUCCAGCACAGGGCCACGUUAAUCCCAUGGUUAAGCUGGCUUUAGCUUUGCUCAAACUUGGAUUCGAGCCGGUGAUGAUCACUCCAGAGUUCAUAUACCACAGCAUCACAUCGAGCAUGGAUCCUAAGGGAAAGAUCAUGUGCAUGGCAAUCACAGAUGGCCUGAAAAAGGACAACGUACCUCCUGACUUCUUUGCCAUUGAGAAAGCUAUGGAAACCAACAUGCCAAAUCACUUGGAAACUCUUGUUCAUAAAAUUGAUGGAGAAGAUGGUGCCGUGGCGUGCAUUAUAGUUGAUUUGUUAGCCUCAUCUGCGAUCGAAGUGGCUCGUCGAUGCAGAAUCCCCGUCGCCGGAUUUUGGCCUGCCAUGAUUACCACAUACCAGAUGAUCGCAGGCAUACCCGACAUGGUUAGGACAGGCCUUAUUUCUGAUACUGGAAGUCCCCAACGUCCGGGUCCAAUAUGCUUUCUGCCUAAUCAACCUCUGCUAUCUACAGACGAUCUUCCAUGGUUAAUUGGAACUCCAGCAGCAAGAAAAGCAAGAUUCAAGUUCUGGACAAGAACCUUGAAUCGAUCAAGAAAUCUUCGAUGGAUCCUCAUGAAUUCCUUUUCAGAGGAAAAUCUUUAUGACCAACUCUCCAUCACAGGUAAUAAGCCACUUGUUUUCCUGGUUGGAGCCUUGAGUAGGCAUGCAAUAAUCAAGAAUCCUAGCAUCUGGAAAGAAGAUAUGAGCUCCUUGCAAUGGUUAGACAAGCAAAAGCCUAAGUCAGUAGUGUAUAUCUCAUUUGGGAGUUGGGUCAGGCCCAUUGGAGAAGCAAAAGUGAGAUGUCUGGCAUUGUCACUUGAAGCAAUGGGACAACCUUUUAUUUGGGUUUUAGGGCCUGCAUGGCGAGAGGGGUUGCCUGGAGGAUAUCUAGAAAGAGUGUCGAAGAAAGGGAAAGUGGUAUCAUGGGCACCACAAAUGGAGGUUUUGCAACAUCAGGCAGUAGGAUGCUAUCUCACACACUGUGGAUGGAACUCAACCAUGGAGGCCAUACAGUGCCAAAAGCGCCUCUUAUGUCACCCAGUGGCUGGAGACCAGUUUGUUAAUUGUGCCUACAUUGUCGAGAAAUGGAAAAUCGGAGUGAAGAUUAAUGGAUUUGCGCAGAAAGAUGUUGAAGAAGGAUUGCAGAAGGUGAUGGAUGAUAAUGAAAUGAAUAGAAGGUUAAUGAGGCUAUAUGAGAAGACAAUGGGUGAGGAGGCUAAUUUAAGAGCGAUGGCUAAUCUCACUACUUUCGUUGAAGAGCUGAGAGAGAUAACAAAUAAAUCCCACAUUGGGCUUGCACUGUAAAUUAAACAAAUUAAUAAAUAAAAAUAUUAUUAAAAAUAAA